AUGAAUUUUUCUAUUUUAUUAAAACCUUCGAGUCAGAAUCGACUCAACCUCAAAAUUAUAACUUGCUUUCGACGCUCUUUGAAGACUUCACAAAAUCCCGAAAGCACUGGUACUGAGCUGGUACAGAAACACCGAGAUGUACAAGGCUUGUAUGAGUUCUUUUUAGAUGGAAAAAAGGCGUUAGCGACUAUUGACGAGUUAAAAGUCGGACGCUCAUGGCGAGCAGCUGAACUUCGCAAAAAAAAAUUUGAUGAUUUGCACAAAUUAUGGUACAUUUUACUCAAGGAACGAAAUAUGCUGGCCACAAUGAAACAAGAAGCUAAAAGAUUUAACAAGUAUGAAGGUCCUUGGGCAGAAGCUCACCAAAAAAGAAAUUUUAAGUGCGUAAAAGCCAUGGCGAGGAUCAAAUUUGUUUUAAACGAGCGUCGAGUAUGUUAUGAAUACGUGAAAAGAACAGAUCCAGUCUACUUUGGAUAUAAGGCGAAGUUAGAGUAUGAAGAAAAACUAAAAAAAGAAUAUGGUACUGAUGACAUUACCGAAGCGAAAGAGAAGGCGAAAGAAACAGAGAGAAAAUUAACUGAUAAAAUCUUAAGCCAAAUUCAUAUGAAAUCACCUCGCAAGAAAGUUGAAAAGUUUGGUAUGAAAAAACUUCGUAAGAAAGAUGAAGUGCCUGACAUAAAAGAUGAAGUGCUCGGUAUGAAAGAGAGGAAAAAAGUGACGGUGAAAAAAGGAUUUCCUGGAGCCUCAAAAGACAAGAAAAAAUUUCACAAAAAAUACUAA